UUGUAUUCCUUGCCUUAAUCUCCGUUAAACGAAUGUUCCUUUAAUUUAUCUUCUUAACCACAACUGUCUUACUGCGUCAGAUACCGAAUAGAACAAGUCAUUCAUUGGAUUUUACACCACCAAAUGGCAUAACCUCGUUCGAGCCGGCUUCUGUUUUCAUCCUCUUAUAUUUAUUUGAACUCUUCACUCUUCCACCAAUCCCUUUUCUCCUUUCAUUAGUGGCAUUAAGGAAUUAAGUUUUCAGAAAGUGAAAGUCAUCAUAAAAAAUGGAUAGACUCAUAAGCUUAGAGUCAUCGAACAUGGUGACAAUAAGAAUUGAACCAGGGCAGAAGUGCUCGGGCGAGUUAACUCUACGCAAUGUUAUGUACACCAUGCCCGUGGCUUUCAGGCUGCAGCCGCUGAACAAGACUCGUUACACAGUCCGUCCACAAUCUGGUAUUAUAUCUCCGAUAACCGCUGUCAAAUUGGAGAUCAUUUACCUUCUUCCUCCUAAUACAAACCUUCCAGAGUCAAUUCCUCGUUGCGAUGACUCGUUUCUUUUGCAUAGUGUCGUGGCUCCUGGGGCGGCUGUGAAAGGCUCUAGUUCCACGUUGGACUCUGUUCCAAUUGAUUGGUUCACCACCAAGAAGAAGCAUGUAUUCAUUGAUAGUGCUAUCAAGGUUAUGUUUGUUGGUUCUUCUGUACUCUGUUAUCUUGUGAGGAAAGGUUAUAUGGAAGAAAUCAGAGAAGUACUGGAGAGGAGUGACCCGAAAUGGAAGCCCGCCGAUUCGGUUGAUCAUGAAGGUCAGACAUUGCUUCACUUAGCCAUUGCCCAAGGACGGCCUGAUCUUGUACAGUUGCUCCUCGAAUUCCAGUCUAAUAUAGAAGCUCAUAGCCGGUCUGGUUCAAGCCCACUUGAGGCUGCAUCGGCUUCUGGCGACGCCUUAAUUGUUGAGCUUUUGUUAGCAAACAGAGCAAGUUCAGAGCGAACAGAGUUGUCAGCUUGGGGACCUAUACAUCUAGCUGCAGGAAAUGGUCAUUUGGAAGUGCUAAAACUUCUCAUUGUAAAAGGGGCAAAUUUGAAUUCCCUCACAAAAGAUGGGAAUACAGCUUUGCACCUUGCUGUUCAAGAACGAAGGCGUGAUUGUGCUCGCCUUUUGUUGGUGAACGGUGCCAGAGCCGAUAUCCAAAAUGCUGGCGAUGGUGAUACCCCUUUGCAUAUUGCUGCAGCAUCCGGAGACGAACAUAUUGUUCGGCUUUUACUUCACAAGGGAGCCGAGAAGAACAUCCGUAACAAGUACGGGAAGACUGCGUAUGAUGUUACCGCUGAACAUGGCUAUAAUAGGCUCUUUGACGCCCUUCGUUUAGGGGACAGCCUAUGUGUAGCAGCCCGAAAAGGAGAUGUAAGAACCAUCCAGAGGUUGAUCGGGAAUGGGGCGAGCAUCAACGGCCGUGACCAACACGGAUGGACUGCAUUGCACCGGGCGUCCUUCAAGGGGAAGAUAGACGUGGUUCGGUCUUUGAUAGACAUGGGAAUUGAAAUGGAUGGAAAGGAUGGAGAGGGUUACACCGCCUUGCACUGCGCGGUUGAGUCAGGCCAUGUUGACGUGGCCGAGAUGCUUGUAAAGAAAGGCGCGGAUGUUGAAGCAAGGACUAGCAAGGGAGUCACUGCAUUGCAGAUUGCUGAGUCGUUGCAUUACUCUGGCCUCACCAGGAUACUCAUCCAAGGUGGGGCAGAAAGAGAAGGAACUAAGGUGGAAUCACUGGCAGCACAUAAACCGCUUAGGAAAGUGGCUGCUAGAGAAAUGGAUAUUCGUAAAAUCAAGAAAAAAGCUAGUAAUAACGCAAGAGUUAGUCGGAGUAGCUUUGAUAGAACUGUAACAUUGUCUGUGGUGUGAUUUACUUUGAGAAUUGAAAACUAUUCUCUGUUAAUUAGAGGAAAGAAUGUUUCAUUCUAGUCUUAAUUGGAUGAUUGAUGUAGAUCUUGGCUAGUGGAAAAUUCCCUGAUCAAGAGCUCUAGGAUUCAUUGAAUCACCAGUGAUAUAUUGUGAACUAUGUUCAACAUUGUAAUUCUUCUAUUCCAUCAAUGAUUUCUUCUGUUCUAUUGUA